AUGAUCAGAAGUGGUGUGCCUUGUCUACUGAAAAAAAAAGAAGGAAGCUCCAAGAAGAGACGUUGUGAGGAUGGUUCAGACUCCACAAGCUACAAAGCAACCGAAGAAGAUUCUGCUCUUGAUGAUGAAGGAACACGUCGACCCCCGGGAGUUAAGGCCGUGAAGAAAGGCAGCAAUGAAAGGCUGUCUAAGAAGACAGUGGAUGACGGGAAGGAGCUGGCUCAGUUUGAGACAAUGUGGAGCCUCAAGAAGCAGGAUUUAGUGGUGAAAGAAAGGCUGUCCAAGAUGAAGUUAUUGGACAGUCUCAUUGCUAAAAAAGACCCUCUUGCGGAUUAUGAAAAAGCUUUGAAGAAGAAACUCAUUCAUGAGUUAAUGUCAAAUUAG